AUGGCCGUCGAGCUUGGUGUUACUCAGGGACCUGCGAAUAUUACACAGCACGAAAUGAUUCUAGCUUCGCCUGGCGAGCCGGUCCCCGCAGAACCAUCAUCCGCAAGUCAGAAUUGCCAUACCAAAUCCUGGAGCUUGGACUUAAAGAGAGCUUACAUUGGAGCCUUUGUCAUUUCAAUCUUAAAGCCCUCAAAGUUGAUAAACAAACAAUACCUGAAUGAAUGUGCUGCGAGCUUGGUGGCAGACCCUCAGUAUCCUUCGGACGAAACGCUCCUGCAUGUGGUGCGUUCUCUUCAGAUUUCAGAGCUGACAAGCGACCUUUUCGACCACGGCUCGAAGGAGAAGUUAUGCGGUUUCAACGACGAACAAGUGCAAAUCUUUGUUAAUACACUAUCUAGACAGCUGGAAGAGUCGAAAGCAGCGCUGCCUCCGAGCCUGCGGAGCCUUGGUUACAUCGUUCGCCAGUUCUACAUUGGCCGUGCUUAUAUUCACGAAGUCGGCCUCUACGGCAAUAUCCAGGGACAGCCUCUCUCACUCACCCGCAUGUCCAUUAUCUGCGAAUGCCUCUCUUCCGCUUCCAGAUAUCUUAGCCACGUGCUCGAUUGCUCACUCGAGCAUAUGGCAGACUGGACAUGUUCAGAUUGGCGAUCGAUCAACUUCAUUGUCAUGCUCUCUACGAAGUGUUCCAUCAUUCUCAACUCUAAUCCGAGCUGGGCCACGAGUGACACAUCCCAGCGGGCUGCAUGGUUAGACAAGUGUAUCGAUACGCUGUGUUCUCGUCUGAAUGAAUUCCAGAGCCUGGCGCCUGCAGGUCUCAAUUACUACGAAGGGAAUCACUUUGAAAAGCUUAUAUCAAACUGGAAGGACGUCAAGGCAUACCACCAAAGGUGGAUUCGGGGAAUUUCGCUUUCAGAAGCGGCACCCACAGACUCAGAAUACAGCGACAUAUUUAGCAUCUCCAGCUUUUGGGGUUUCCAGGGGCAGGGUAUUGACGUAUAG